AUGCUCCAGCUGUUCCACCUUCCACCCUCGCUUUUGGCCUUCAUCGCCGCCAUCCCGCUCGUCAGCGCCCAGUAUCCCCCACCAGCGUCGUAUCAGAACAUCCUCACCUCACCGGUCGACCCAAAUGUCACCGUCGCAUACAAACGGCCCACCGCGGGCACAUGUACAACGGCUUUCACCACUCAGAAACAGUACACUGGAUACAUCGGGUUACCGCCCAACACACUCGCUCCCAUACAGCAGAAUUACUCCAUCAAUACCUUUUUCUGGUUCAUAGAGGCCCGCCAGACUCCCGAGUCAGCCCCUCUCACAAUAUGGCUCAAUGGGGGCCCGGGCUCGAGCAGCAUGUUUGGUCUGUUCAAUGAGGUUGGACCUUGUGAGGUCGUUCAGAUGGCGGAUGGUGGCUAUGGCACACAGAUGCGCACCUUUGGCUGGGACCGAGCUUCGAAUGUCCUCUUUAUCGACCAGCCCAACCAGGUCGGCUUCUCUUACGACGCUGUGACCAAUGCCUCACGCGACUUGUUCAUGGACGAGCUGUUUGAGCCUCCGACUUCGCCGAGCUCCAAUCUGCCAAGCUUCAUGUAUCUCAACGGGACUUUCGGCACAGCCAACGAGAAUGCUCCAAGACAGACGGCCGCAACCGCGAACACGACUGAGAUCGCUGCGGUGGCGACUUGGCACUUCUUACAGACCUGGCUUUCCACUUUCACCCAAUACAAUCCGGCUACGCGACCUAAUGUGACGACACCUAACUCCAAUGAGCCUGCAGGCGUCAAUCUAUUCACCGAGUCUUACGGUGGUAAGUUCGGUCCGGUCUUUGCCUCCUACUUUGAUCAGCAAAACGAUGCCAUCACGAGUGGCCAGCUUUCGAGCAACAGCACGCUUCAGAUCAAGCUGCAGUCCGUCGGGAUCUUGAAUGGAUUGGUCGAUGAUCUUAUUCAAGAUCGUUACUACGCCGACUUUGGCUACAACAACACCUACGGUGUUGACAUUCUCAGUCAGACCGACGAGUUGAAUGCGCUCACGAACUUCACCAACCAAUGCACACCCGCAAUCCAGGCGUGUCGUGCGGCCAGCACUGAUCCGUACGGGGAUAACGAGCAGGCAAACAGUCUCUGCGAGACCGCUCAGUACUCUUGCAAUAGCCUACCAGCACUUGCCGGAGCACGUGGGUACUAUCCCUACGACAUUCGCCAGAAAAUACCAAGCCCAGACCCGUCUGCUGCGUAUCAAGAGUACCUGAACCAGGCAUCGGUACUGUCCUCGAUUGGCGCGAAAGUAAACUACACGGAGAGUAGCCCUUACGUGUUGGAGUCUUUCGUUUCCACGGGAGACACGAUACGCGGCGGCACGAUCCAGGAUCUAGCCGACCUCUUGAAGAAAGGUAUCCGCGUCGCUCUCAUCUACGGCGAUGCGGACUUUCUGUGCAAUUGGCUUGGAGGGCAGGCAGUUUCGUUCGCAAUCGCCAACGCACUGCCCAACUACCCGGUCGCUACCGGUGUCUCUUCAGCGGGCGCUGGUGCUCCAUCAAGCUAUGCGAGCGGGUUUGCGGGUGCUGGCUAUGCGCAAAUCGUGGUGAACGACUCAUACGUAGGCGGCUUGGUUCGGCAGUAUGGGAAUCUCAGCUUUAGUAGGGUGUACGACGCCGGUCACUUCGUCCCGUACUACCAACCGGAAACCGUCUUCCAGAUCUUCGCCAGGGUGAUACUCGGAACAGAUCUGUCAACGGCCGCAGAUAUCGACUUGGCAGAUUUCAGAUCGAACGGUACGGCCAACGCCACACACACGAACAGUGUUCCAGAGCAGCCGAAAGCCACCUGCUGGGUACGCAAUUGGAACGAGUCCUGUUCCAGCUCAGACACGAGUGCGAUGAAACAGGGCAAGGGGCUUGUCCAAUACGGAAUCUACUAUCAGGACUCCAAAUCGAUUGUUCUGCCAAGUAGCAGCAUCGCAGCGGGUGUACCUGGGCUGCCAAUGACGACGGCCUCCACGAAUAGCGAAACGGGUACAUCUGGCACCUCUACGAUGGCUCUAACUGGCGUCUACACGGCGACUGGUACGCCAGUAAUGUCUUCGAGCCAAGGUGCUGCACAGACUGCAAUGCCCUCCCUGGACGCUCACUUUGGGCACCUAGGCGUUGGCAUCUUCGGCGUAGCGCUCGGAGCAGCUGUCAUGAUCUGA